AUGACUGGACAACUAGAAAAUAGUGGUGUAGAGUGCGAUUCUGUCCAUGUAGAUGAGGAAUCAAAAGGAUUCCGUCCGUAUUCGAAAACUAGCAGUAUUGCUGAGAGGAUACAGAAGCCGGCUGCACUUAUCACAAAGAUACACUCCGAUUCGAAAUGGUUAUUCAUUUUCUUUGUUUUAUCUUUAGUCGCCUUGGUGCAAGCGAUAUUAGCUGUAGGAAGUUAUUCGGGAGAAGGGAAACCACCGAUAUUCGGUGAUUUCGAAGCGCAGAGACAUUGGAUGGAGAUCACCUACCACUUGCCAGUUCAAAAAUGGUAUGUCAAUGGGACCAAUAACGAUCUUUUUUAUUGGGGGCUUGAUUAUCCCCCACUUACCGCUUACCACAGCUAUGUCAUGGGCUUUACGGCGAACAUCAUUGACCCAUCCUGGGUAGCAUUACACACCUCCAGGGGAAUACAAACUCCAACUCACAAAAUGUUUAUGCGACUCACCGUUUUUCUUCCAUUCCAUAUUCUGUAUGCACCUGCUAUUUUGUUCUUCGUUUUCCGAGAGGCAAAAUCAAAAACUCUAUUCCCGAACUCUAUCCUUGCCUUGACUUUAUUGUACCCAGGACUAUUGGCUAUGGAUAACGCCCAUUUUCAGUACAACUGUGUUUCGCUUGGAUUAUUUUUGAUGUCGUUCCUGUUCCUCAAAAAUCAACGCCAUCUCUUCGGCUCUAUAUCGUUUGUUCUGGCUUUAAACUAUAAGCAAAUGGAGUUGUAUCAUGCUUUGCCUAUAUUCGUGUUCAUACUUUCGAGAUCUCUUAAGAGACCACUCCGAUCAAAUGUUAUAGAAAGCUUUGGAUCCCUUUUGAAAGUGGCGAUAGUAGUAUUGGUUUCGUUCGCUGUUCUAUGGUUGCCUUUCAUUCUCAACGGCUUUCAGUCUGUUUUAGCUGUCCUACGACGAAUUUUCCCAUUCUACCGUGGGCUGUACGAGGACAAAGUAGCCAGUGUUUGGUGCGCUUUUUCGUUUAUUCUUCGCCUUAAUAAGUAUUUUUCACUGGAAACACAAGUCAAAAUAAGCGCAAUAUCCGUCUUGCUGGUCGCCAUGCCUUCAUUAUUUCUCCUAUUUUUACGCUCUACAACGAAAAACCUCAAACUAAGCCUUCUUAUAUCAUCCCUUUCCUUCUUCCUGUUUUCAUUCCAAGUGCAUGAGAAGUCAAUACUCCUUGUAGCGAUACCUGCUAUGCUGCUGCUUCCUGAAUAUCCGCUAGCAGUUGUCUGGAUCCUGCAUAUUACUAGUACUAGCAUGUUCUCAUUGUGCUUAAAGGACGGUACUGGCAUACUACUGGCCCUCUUCGCAGCUUACUACUUCAUGACUUCCUUGAUUGUGAACGUUCCUGGAAAACUGUCAUUUUUGUUCUACCACCUGUCCUGCAUAAGCGCAAUAGCAGUUUGCAUAGCUGAAUGGACUCUCACUCCUCCCUUGCGAUAUCCACAUAUAUUCCCACUUCUGAAUGCAAUAACCAGUACUAAUGACGGUAUGAGAAACUUCGAAAAAUUGCCCUUUUUCACUAUUGAGCGUCGUUGUGCACAACAUGCACUUGUUUUGCUGAGAAGGAUGUCGGUCUUAGAACAACUAAAGAAGGUUACUACAGUAGUUGCUGACACAGGUGAUUUCAAUGCUAUCAGGGAGUUUAAGCCUACAGAUGCAACCACUAACCCGUCACUCAUUUUGGCUGCUUCCAAAAUGGAGAAGUACGCUCCCCUUAUGAAAGAAGCAAUAACAUAUGCGAAAGAAAAAAGUGCUGGUAAAACACCAGAACAGGUACUUGAACUAGCAAUGGAUAGAUUGUUUGUUGUUUUUGGCAAGGAAAUCCUCAACGUUAUACCUGGACGUGUUUCAACAGAGGUCGAUGCUAGGCUUUCUUUUGAUGCAGAUGCGUCUGUCGUGAAGGCGCUUUCCCUGAUAGAUCAAUACGAAAAGCUGGGUAUCUCAAAGGAAAGAAUUUUGAUUAAGUUGGCCUCAACAUGGGAAGGUAUUCAAGCUGCGAAAAUUCUCGAAUCAAAACAUGGUGUGCACUGCAAUAUGACCUUGCUUUUUAAUUUCGAACAAGCCGUGGCAUGUGCUGAAGCCAAUGUGACUCUAAUUUCCCCAUUCGUCGGAAGAAUCAUGGAUUGGUUCGUGAAGAAUACGGACAAGAAGAAGUACGACCGUCAUGACGAUCCUGGAGUCCAGAGUGUCACCCGUAUUUACAACUACUACAAGAAAUACGGAUACAAGACCCAAGUGAUGGCGGCUUCUUUCAGAAAUACUGAAGAAAUCAAAGGGUUGAUGGGAUGCGACUUGCUUACCAUUAGUCCUGGUCUUCUGCAUCAGCUCUCAGAAGACAAAGAAGCUGUUCCCGUUGCUUUGAAAUGUUCUGAAUCUGCUGGAAAAGAUAUUCCACGCAUAACUGUCGAUGAGAAGUCGUUUCGAUGGGCGCUGAAUGAAGAUGCGAUGGCGUCAGAGAAGUUGGCGGAGGGAAUCCGUAACUUUGCCAAAGAUGCGAGGGCGCUCGAGAAUAUAGUUAAAACGAUGCUUUAA